UCUUCAGUUGUGCAGCAUGAGAACGACCAGUAGCUUCCAUUCUCCACUGUAACUACUGCCAAAGCUACUCAUUAAUAAGUUAGGUUCGGAAAACGGACACCUUUAAGGUUAAUGUGUAUCCAUGGGGGGCAAGAAUAAACAGCGAACCAAAGGAAAUGUUCGGCCGUCCAGUAGCGGCCGAGCUGCCGAGGUACUGACCCGGGAGGGUGGUGUCAUCCCGGGGUUUGUGGGCUUUGACACGACGGUUAAUUCAGAGCUGAGUUAUGUCCCAGCUGUCCACGGCGCGGAGGAGAUAGACAACCUGGUAGAUGCUGAUUUCCGCCUGGUGCUCAGGAAACUCUCCAAGAGGGAUGGUGUCACCAGACUUAAAGCCGUGCAGGACUUUGGGUCCAUGUGUCAGGAGCGGGAUGCUGAAGAGGUUAAGGGUGUAUUGCCAUACUGGCCCAGGAUUUACUGCAAGAUAUCAGUGGACCACGAUCGACGGAUCAGGGAGGCCACACAGCAGGCCUUUGAGCAGCUGGUGCAGAAGGUGCGUCGCAGCUUAGCACCCUUUCUGAAGAGCUUGAUGGGCCACUGGAUUCUGUCUCAGUGUGACACUUACACACCUGCAGCCUCUGCUGCGUGUCAGGCCUUCCAGGCUGCCUUCUCACCCACCAAGCAGCCUGAGGCUCUCAGCUUCUGCAAGGAUGAGAUCCUUAACGUGCUUCAAGAUAUUUUGUUAAAGGAGACAGCGGACACGCUGAGCGAUCCACAAAGUGUAACAGAAGAAGAGAGAGAAGCCAAAUAUGUGCGCAUGCUGACCAGUUCUCUAUUGGGGGUGAAGAGACUGCUGUCCCUGCUGCUCCAGAAUGACAGGACCGCCCUGGAGCCACGACUAGCACAUCUUGUUAACUCUGGGAAGUUCUGGAAGUACGGCAAACACAAGACACCGCAGGUGCGAGGGGCAUUUUUCGAGAUGUUGUGUGCUCUGUGUGAGUACACUCCAGGACUGGUCCAGGCUGAAGCAGCGCGACUCUGCCCUGCUGUUCUCCUCAGUGUUGACGACACGGACCCUGUAGUGCUGCCUCCUGUGUGGGAAGCUGUUCUUCAUGUUGUGUCUACGAUCCCUGAUUGCUGGACACAUGUGAAUCCUAAGAAGGGCUUCUUACCAAAACUUUGGGCUCUGCUAAAAGAUGGUGGCAAAGGCAUGGCCAAAGCACUCCACCCUAAUCUGAUGCCUCUCCUCAGCAAACUGCCCCGAGAGGUCACUGACCCAAUGUUAGACUUCUACACCACCUUCUUCACGUCAUUCAUACAAGGUCUGUCUAGUGAGCGUGCAGCAACAAGCCCAUCAGAAAGUGCUGUUAUAGUGACUUCUGUGGUUGAGUGCUUAAGAUACUGCAUACUGCACCAUACAGAAGAGGAGGAGGAUCAGAAAAAACUACGGACCAUGCUUAUUUCACAGCAGCUCCUGCCACUCCUGGAAAAGGCUCUGGCAAAUACCUCCCUUCAGAAUGGUCCACUUUUCCUUCUGGUCACUGAAAUGCUCGUUUCCUGGGAGAAAAGAGCAGGGUUACAUAAUGAAGGUGAAGCAAAUGAAGGCAAGGAUGUCUUUCAAGUGCUUCUUGCAGACUUCUGGGAGGAGCUUGGUCUUAUGUUUGUGCAUUAUGUUGACAACAAGGACGCCGAUCCACAGGCUUUGGAAGGGGUAGCCACCUUGCUGCAGGUAAUGCGUUACCCCGAGAGAGUAAAAAGAAAGCACACCCAGAAGAAGAAAUCUGUCAAGAUGUUUUUCUCUAAGCCAGAGGACUAUGAGAAAACUGGAGUUGAGGAGGAAGGUGGUGUUGAGAAGCCCGUGCAGUCGGUGUCAGAGCUUGUGAACGAGAAGGCACUCGGUUCCCCACAGACCGAGCAUUUUGAGGAUGUAGUGUGCCAGCUGGCCCAACUGUGCCUGGUGCAUGUGAAUGAGAAAAAGUCAGAGAGACAUCUUGUUUUCCUCUCACUUCUCUUGCGGUCUUUCCACACAACCAGGGUCUUCAGUACCUUGGUCGAGUUAGAUGAAACAACAACAAUGAACCGUGAACAGCAGGACGAGCUCAGAAAUCCAGCGAUGCAGUUCCUGCUGGAGCAGGUGGUGGUGUGGCUGGCUGAGGAGGGGCGCACAGACACUGAGCACCUGGUGGAGAUGGUCUUCAGCGCGCUCUACUGCUGCAGCCGGCAGGAGACCACACGCGUCCUCAACCACAUCACCACGAUGGAUUUACAGUGGGGGAUUAUCCUGCAAGUAAUACAGAGGGCAUGUGCAGAUGCUGACACUCUUCAGAGCUGUGCUGAUUGGCUGAAAGGUUCAGUUCUGGGCGAGCAGCUCCUGGGAUUGACUGAGGAGCUCUGCAAGGUGGGACGCAGCUCUUCCUCUUCCACCUCUUCUAGAAGCAACCACAGUUGGACUCUUAUCAGUCUGGUCCUCUCUCAGCACCACAACAAUGACCCUGUGAUAGGGGAGGUGUACAUGGAGAAGAUCUUGGAGAAGCUCCAUGCCACUCUGUCCGAGACCAAGAGUCUGUCAGAUGCAGGCAACAUGGAGCCACUCAUCUCCUUCAUCUGUGAUGUGGCCUCCACAUUCUUCUCUUCAGUACAAGACUGUCUUCUUCUGCUCUCUGCUGAGGAACUUUUGCUCACUGUCUUCCAGCUCACUGCCCAAGAUCAAACACACAGUCACCUGUCUGACUCACUUUUAGGUAAGCUGAGGACAGUGUGUGCAGCUGGGGUCCAAUCAUUGGUCCAGCACUCUGAGUAUGAGGUCAAGGAGGGAGGCUUCUUGCACAGUGCAGCCCUCUGGGUGACAAAUCAACUACUCACCGUCUCCCUGGACAUCAAAAGUCUACAGGUUCUAGUUGUGGCUGUACAAAGCUUAGUGGAGACAAUCAUCUCUGUCUGCGAUCAAGACUCCCCCCUCCUCGUCCAGUUCUUUACCCAGCUGAUGCCCAACCAGACAGAAUGGACAAGAAUCAGACAAGCCUUACCUCCUCAGUGGGUCAAAACCCCCUUACUGGCCAGCCGUCACCGAGCAGUCUAUGAAAAAUCCUCCGUGGACACCUGGAGGUUUAGGUUGACAACCAGGCUGCCGGCCCACCUAUGUGUCUGCGCCUUGCUGGGGAGGGUGGCCCGAUCUGUUGCAUUCAUACCGCCUGACCAAAAGGAGGUAGAAUGUCCUUCACACCUGCCAAACCUCAAGCACACAGUUUCAGAACUGUUGUACGCCCUACAGUGGUGUAAGGAGGUCGAGUACAGCCCUGCUAUAGUGUCUGCUUAUUGCAGUCUACUGACUGACUGGGGCCUGUCAGAAGGCCUCCACACUCUGGUUCCAAUGAAAGAUCUACUGGAAAAACUCUACUCAAGGUCAGUAGAGGAUGGAGGUCUAUGGUCUCUGACUCUGGAAAACUACAUCAUCACCAACAACUUGGCAGCCACUCACAAUGCGACUGUGAGGAGGCUUUAUGGCAGCGCUGACAGUUUGUUCCCAGUGUCUCAAAGCAAACUGAGCACUCUGCAGGUGCUCUGCCCCACCAUGACCAAAGAAGACAGAGAGACUCUCGUUGCUCUGGCUACUGCUGGAAUAAUCAGCUGGCAAGAGAAUGAUGAUGUGUAUGGCUGUCUGGCGGUGUUGCUAUGCUGUCUAAAAGCCAACACACAAAUAGAUGAGGAGGUCGUGCAGGCAAUCCUGGCCACCGUGAUGGAGUGGAGGAACAGUAAGGAGGACUGGUUUCUCUUUGGCAGUGACCUCUCUAAAGCAACUCCAGAACAGUUGAACUUGACUGUGGAGAUGGUGCGUUUCCUGUCCUGGCUGGUGACGCAUCGUCCGACAGUUCUUGGGGGCAGCCAGUGGGACUUUUUGCUCUGCUCCAUGUUAGCCUGGUUGGAGGUUGCCAGCGAGAAUGUGAGCAGUCUGUGGAACCCAUGGGUGCAGUUGUUUGUGUGUGAGAAUGCUGCCUUGAUAGUGAAUCUGAACCAGUUCUUCACAUCAUCUUCGCCCGACGUCCUGGAGAAGCUGCCGUCAGAACUGGCUGGUGAAUGGGCUGACUUCUUCGUUGAGGGAAUCUACAACCUGUUGCUGCCUCUGCCCAUCAGUAUCACAGAUGCCUUCACUGAACCAGACGACCCUGUGUUCCCUUUGGCGGUGCUGCAGUCAGUCGGCGUGGCUCUGACAUAUGUGCCUGUGCAGCAGCUAAUACAGAACUCCCUGCCUCCGCGCUUCAUCGUGGACCAGAAUACAAACCUGCCGGAGCCCCUCCAGACCCUACUCAACACUUUCUGUCCUCUGCUGCUGUUUAAGGCCAGGCCUCUGCAGAUGACUGUCUACCACUUGUUAGAAAAGGUGAUGCCUCAGCUGCCUGAGUGUGAUGGAGAAGGAGACAACAACAAGUCUGAUGAUGACAGUGAUGAGCCAUGUCUUUCCCCUCCAGUGUCUCUGAUGGCCGCCCUGUCGACCUGUGAGGAGCUGUGUGACAGCAUCCUGGCAGGACUUCAAGUAGGAGAGUUUGCAGUGGUCCAGCCUCUCAGCGUGGAGUACUCUUGCAUCCUGGGCUAUUUACUGUCCUGGAAGCUGCUCCUCACCUUUUUCAAAUCUUCGCCCUCACAUCUGCGUGCCCAUUAUGCUCAGUAUCUUAAGAGAAGCUGCUCCCUCAACAAGCUCCUCCUUCACCUCUUCAAACUGAUGCCUGAGAACCCCAUGUACCCGGGCCAGGGCGCAGAGACGAAGGAGACAAGAACCUUCUUCACAGAGAGCCUGUCUCUGGCUGUUGACAAAAGCGAGAGUGUUGAGUGGGAGCUCCCCCAUCUGGCCUGCAGUGUGUACUACAGCACAGUGCAGGACCUGCCUGCCAUGGUGCGGCUGUGGUGGAACGGCCAGGAGAAGAGAGUGAGCGCAGCUGUGGAGAAGUUCACCAUUAGAUACAUCAGUCCUGUUCUCUCAGCCCAGGAGAUCUCAUCGGUCCAUUCCAGCACUCAGAUGUUUGACAGCAUGACUGUGAAGGCCCGCUCGGCAGCGCGGGAGGUGAUUGCUACCUAUUCUGUGGAUGAUAUCUUCAUCGAGUUGGUGAUUCAGCUACCACAGAACUACCCUUUAGGCUCCAUCGCUGUCGAGAGUGGGAGGCGCGUGGGGGUUGCCGUUCAGCAGUGGAGGAACUGGAUGCUGCAGCUGAGCACCUACCUCACACACCAGAAUGGCAGUAUAAUGGAGGGCCUGGCUCUGUGGAAGAACAACGUGGAUAAGCGCUUCGAGGGGAUAGAGGACUGCAUGAUCUGCUUCUCUGUCAUCCACGGCUCCAACUACUCUCUGCCCAAGAAGGGAUGCCGCACCUGCAAGAAAAAAUUCCACUCGGCUUGUUUGUACAAAUGGUUCACCUCCAGCAACAAGUCCACCUGUCCGAUGUGCAGAGAAACCUUCUUCUAAGGUGCAGUAGGUUGAGCAUGGACAAAAGGUUGACACCACUUCAAUCAAGCAGUAUUGUAUUGGUCGUGAUUAACACGAAGGAGGUUAUUGAGAAACUUCUGUAUUUGAAAGUUUUUUAGAUCGAACACCGGGGGCAUUAUUUGGUCUAGAAAAAUUGUGUUUAAUGUGCUAAGCCGAGGUUUCAACCGAGGUACGGAAAAAUGGAGUAAGAAUUGGCGAUUUUAAUCUUCACAAUCGGCAGCGAGGGUUGAUAAACUGUCAGCAGUUUCUUUUUCACCAGUUCUUUACUGUGCUGUAAAUGUGCAGCAUCAGAUAGUCCCAGCAGUUUUUGUCCUUUUUUCUUGGCUUAAUUUGUCUUUAAAACAUGCAGCUGUUUAGAGGCAGAAUCACAAAGUCGGAAACACCAAAGCUGUCCAGGUGCUUUAUAUUAACACCUGUUUAAGUGAGUCGUUUUAGAAACAAACAAAAAAAGAUAAUCCAAGUGCUGUAAUGCCCAGGUUUCACACAUCUUUCCUAAUAUUUAGGAGUGUAAAUAAAUUAUGUCUGAUUAGUGACAUGCCUUUAUUAUUUUAUGACAUGGAGAGAUCACACAUGUAAAAGCAAGAAGGGAGGCUCCUUAAGGGUUUAGUUUUUUCAUUUCUAAACACCACUGCUCACAAAUAUCAGAAUCUCUUGUGAUAUAUGUCUUUCCCUGUGCCUGCAUACAGCUGUAAAUGAUGCUGGAAAGUUAAUAAAAUAUAACCAGAUGGACAUUAUUAA